AGGAUGGGCACGUUCGUAACCCUGGCGGAGGUGUUGGAGGAGAGAGGUGCACCUCUGGAGGAGCGGGAGGUGUGGUCAGUUCUCAUCACCGCCACCCAGGCCCUCAGAGACCUCUUCAGCAAAGGUUCUGGAGGUGUCUGCAGUGUGAUCACGCCUGGCUCCCUCCUGCUCUCCUCUGCUGGGGGCGUGGCCUUUAAGUCAUGUGCUCGCUUCGAGGGCGUGGCCUCCUUCACAGCGCCUGAGGCCACACAGGGCAGGAGUCCCUCCAGCAGAGCCGCCCCGGAGAAGAUGUCUGUGUUUUCUCUGGGAAUGACCCUGUAUUGGACGGUGGAUUAUCAACUUCCCUCUAACCAGCCGGUGCUGCUGAGUGAGCGUCUGAACAACCUGCUGCUGAGCAUGUGUGAGGAGUGUGUGUCUCUGCGGUCGGACCUGCAGGACGUGCUGGAAGUGUGUGAGCAGCACCACCAACACACUCCGCAGCCCGUGCACGAACGCGUCAUACGCCAGCUUGUAGAGGAUGUCCAGCAAGACCCGGAGAACCCGGUUGCGACUGGUUCCAACCAGCUCACAGACCGCAGUCAGACAGUCAGGGACAGGCUGAGGGGCUUGACUCAGCAGAGCACAAGCUGGACCAACAGAGGCAGAAACUCCCUAUGCCAGCCUCUCAAAACAGAGCAGCUACGGAGCAGGAUGCAGUCAGUGAGUCACCGUGACAGCACCGUGUCCUGGCUGAACAGGAGCCCCCUGCUGGACGGGGUCAGAACUCCACGGCCCACCGACUCCUUCGGCUCGUCCUUCAGCCUGGCCGAGAGGAAGCUCAAGAACUCGGGUCCAGAGUUUGUCAGAAUGCUGGAGGAGCCGCUGAUCAUUCUGGAGCUUCCAGAAUCCAUCGUGCAGUCCAAGAAGGGCAAGUCAGGCGCCACGCAGCGGGACCUGCGGGUCUUCAUGCCCAGUGGCCAGUGCAUCAUGGUCAAGUGUGACGUCAAGUCCAAGGGUGGCGACGUCUUCGACAUGAUCGUCGCCCACACAAAUCUCGUGGAACAUUUCUACUUUGGCCUUGCAUACUGUCACGAGGAGGAGUUCUUCUUCCUGGACAGUGAGACGAAGCUGUGCAAGGUGGCGCCAGAGAGCUGGAAGAGAGUGCCCACCUCCUCCUUCGCCCUGCACUUCAGGAUCAAGUUCUACGUGUCGGACAUCACGCUACUCCUACACAAGCUGACGCGUCACCAGUACUAUCUGCAGCUGAGGAGGGAUCUGCUGGAGGAGCGUCUGGGCUGUGACGUGGAGACAGAGCUGUUCCUCUCAGCCCUCGCCCUGCAGGCUGAGUACGGGGACUGCUUACCUGAGGUGUAUGGGAAGAGCUACUACCGGCCCGAGCACUAUGUGUGCAAGAGUGUGCUGGCCAAGAUGGCCGCCCCGUGCCUGAAGGAGGAGCUGGUGCGCUUACACGGCAACCGUGCCAACAUGACCACGGAGGAUGCUGAGCUGGAGUUCCUGAUGACGGUGCAGCAGCUGGCGGACUACGGCUUGUUCUUCCACCGCGUAGCCCGCGAGAAGAAAGGCAUCAUGGGAGAGCAGAUGCUGGGAGUGUGCACCAAAGGCGUCAUCGUUUACGACGUCAAAAACACACUCCGUACUGUCAGCAUGAGAUUCCAUUGGAGAGAGACCCUCAGCAUCUCCUCCUCUAAGCGCAAGUUCCUCAUUGAGAGCAGCACCAGUAAGAAGAAACACACGUUCCACACGGAACGUUCUCACAUUGCCAAGUACCUGUGUGAACUGUGUUCUGCGCAGCACAAGUUCCACAAAGAGAUGAACUCCCGACAGCUCAGUCACAGUGUUACCUCAGAGGAGAACAUCGUGCAGUACGCCACAGUGUUCCGUGCGCAGAACAGUGCCAUGGCCCGACACCUGUCCACUUCCGACAGCGGCCACCUUAACCACGCCCACCUGUCCCAUAACUCCAUGUCCAGCCCCGGGAUGCCCCGCCCAGACAGCGUCACAGGAAGUGACAUGAACAGGCUGUGUGAGGACAUCGCCUCUCGUCUGCAGGCCAAGAUCCGCCUGCAGAGAGAUUCACUAAGUGCCACUAGUUCUCCGGUUAUGAGGCGAGUCAUGGCAACGACCCCAGAGAUGCCCCACAGACGAUCAGAGACGCCCGUCACGUCCCCUGUCUUUAGAGCGGACACACCAACCAACAGAAUCCGAGACCGGGAGACUGUGUGUGUGACACUCAGAAAGGACCCUCAACUUGGCCUUGGUAUAGUGAUUGUAGGAGAGGACAACACAGGGCGAUUGGAUCUGGGAAUCUUCAUCGCCUCAGUGGUGCCAGGGGGACCCGCAGAUCGGGAUGGACGCAUCAAGCCAGGUGGGCGUCUCAUCUCCCUUAACCAGAUCAGCCUGGAGGGCGUCACCUUCACUGAGGCUGCGGAGAUCAUGCAGAACAGCUCCAGUGAGGUGGAGAUCAUCGUCUCACAGCCAAAGGGAGUACGACCAUUGUGUGUGGGCCGUAUCCUGCCGAGGAACUACGACUCCCAGAGUACCCUGCUGGCCGACAGCCGGCAGACGGACGAGGAACUGGACGAGCUGGUGUCCGUCAUGAUGACGCCCAAAGCCAGCAGCAACCUCCACGUGCCUGAGGUCCGCAUACGCAACGCACAGGACAACCCCUCUCUGUCUGGCUCGUGUAACAGUCUGAAGCCGGAGGAGUUUACUGUGGAGCUGAGGAAGGAGUCUGGGAGUCUGGGCAUCAGCAUUGCUGCUGCAGUGAACUCAAACAACCAGCAGAAAGGAAUUUACAUCAAGAACCUGAUGCCGGGGGGUGUGGCCGAGCUGGACGGUCGCAUCCAAUCAGGUGACAGGCUGCUGGAGGUGGAUGGUAUUAGGCUGGACACUUUGACAAAUCAGCAGGCUGCAGAGCGUCUCUCCAAGGCAGGGGAGAUUGUGUCGCUGGUUUUGGAGAGGGAGUCGCUCUUGUUACCACGGAGAUAUGUUGGCCCAGGCAGGAGAAGUACCCUGGCGGCUCCUAGCAACGCCUCCAUGCGUAACAACAGCUGCCCUGCCAUCACCAUGACGACGCCUUUCUCCAUUCAUCCCAAAGACUACAGCUUCGUGUCUGAUGAGAACAUCAUGGAGGUGAGUCUGCGGAAGCGUCUGAAUGGUUUAGGUUUUAGCUUCCUGAUCGCUGAGCUGGACACGUCUCUGGACAGCGGAACCGUGGUUCUGGUCAAGCGCCUGUUUCCAGGGCAACCGGCCGAAGAGAGCGGGCUCAUCCGAGAGGGAGACGUCAUCCUCGCAGUUAACGGAGAACCACUCAAGGGCCUGUCCUACCAGAGGGUGCUGGAGCUCCUAAGGGGGUCCCCUUCAGAGGUCCGUCUGGUGCUGUGUCGCCCUGAAGCAGGGGUCCUUCCUCCUGUCUCUGAUAAAAUCGGCCAGUUAACCUGCAGCUGAGCAGCCCACACACAUCUGAUGACCCUGCUGACCCGUCUCUGGACACCUGCAGCCCCACAGCAUUGUGGGAUAGCUCCAUUUGUGGAGGGGGUUGCUAAGCCAGUUACUAAGGAAGUGACACGCGGCAUCCAGGCCAGAGGUGUUGGGCAGCAGCCAAUGAUGGCGCAGGAUGUGGGCGGAGCUCCAGGUGACCUCAUCAGGAUCAGUGAAACCAGCUGCUACUAUCUCUACUUUGGAACCGAACACAAAGAACCUCAAAGUCCCCAAGUGCUCCGACCCUGACCCCCGACCCCUGACCCAAAGCCCGUCUACGGAGAGCCUGUUUACUCCCUAUUAAACCCCAUUGUACCGAA